CAGCACCCGGCUGGAUCCCGCCAUUUCCUCAGGUCCCACUAAAUCCUUUCUCAGCCCCUCAGCGCCUGGCUGGAUCCCGCCAUUUCCUCAGGUCCGUCUGGAUCCUGCCAUUCCCUCAGCACCUGACUGGAUCCCACCAUUCCUUCAGGUCCCGCUAAAUCCCUCCUCAUCCCCUCAGUGCCCAGCUGGAUCCCGCCAUCUCCUCAGGUCCUGCUCAAUCCCGCCAUUCCCUCUGCGCCUGGCUGGAUCCCACCAUCUCCUCAGGUCCCACUAAAUCUCUCCUCAGCCCCUCAGCGCCCGGCUGGAUCCCGCCAUCCCCUCAGGCUCCCAUUAAAUCCCCUCUUCCCACUUAGUGCCCCAGGACCCUUUUCCCGUUGGGAGGGGAGGUGGCAGCAGGGUUGCCCCAUGAGCCCCGGCCCAGGCGCCAUGUUCUACAUGCAUUUGCUCGUCAGCAAGCGCGGGCCGCUGGCCAAAAUCUGGCUCGCUGCCCACUGGGAGAGGAAGCUGACCAAGGCUCAGAUAUUUGAGUGCAAUUUAGAGGCUACUGUUGAAAAGCUCAUCUCGCCAAAGUUUACUGUAGCUCUGCGAACCUCUGGACACUUGCUCCUAGGAGUGGUGCGGAUUUACCACAGGAAAGCAAAGUACCUCCUGGCAGACUGCAGUGAAGCUUUGACAAAAAUGAGGACAGCCUUUCGCCCAGGACUUGUUGACCUUCCAAAGGAGAAUGUUGAGGCUGCUUAUCAGUCCAUUACAUUACCUGAAGAAUUUCAUGAUUUUGAAACACCACUGCCUGAUUUAAAUGCCAUUGAUGUUGCUGAACAUUUUGCCCUGAAUCAGAGCAGAGCUGAAGACAUCACACUUACAGAGGAUUACGAAAGCAAUAUGCUUCUCUGUGAUAGAAACUUUGAUGAAGAGCCAGAGGCACUAAGAAAACAGAGCUUCUUUGACAGCAGCAUCUUAAUGAGCAGCAACAGUCUCGUGGCUGAUCACAACUCGGCGAGCGUGAAGGGAGGCGGGUCUGCGCCGCGCGAGGAUGCCUACAGCUUCGAGCACGACUGCUUUGGAGAUGAGGAGGAUGCUGCGGAUAUGAUUGAAAUCCUGUUGAGGGAUGAGCAAAAUGGCCUAGAUAAAGACAUUCCUGCUAUGGAGGAAGAACGUCCUUUGUCACAAGAUCUGUCAGAGAUCGGCGCACCCAUUGAGGCCGACUGUGCAGACACCACCAUUAAGAAAAUCAGUCACCUAAUGAAUGAAACGAUACUUUUGCUGAAGGAAGAUGAAGGAUUUGUGCUUGAGCCAGUUGAUGAUACAGCUGUCACCCAGAAGAAAAAAAAUAAAAGAAAGAGGAAGUUGCUUGUUGAUGUAAACAAGGAGCUCAGCUGCAACGCUAUAUACAACCAGCUUAACAACUGCACGGACAUCCUUGCUACGUUAGACCUGGCACCCCCGACAAAAAAAACCAUGAUGUGGAAGAAAUUGGGAGGCGUGGAUAAGCUCCUGUCCCACGCUACACAGCCUGUGGUUCACACCGAGCUGCAAAGGUUGUUUGCACAAUGCUUCAAGAGUCACGGGUUUAAGGUGAGAAGAAACGGAAUACAGAGGGAGCCUGAGAUGGAAGAAACAAGAAAAGAGCAAGAUACCACAGAGAUGCUGAGAGUAGAAGAGCCAAGUUACCCGCAGGAGUCAGCUCAUUCAGAGACUGAGAGAAAGAUUAGAAAUGAUUCGUUUAUGUUGACAUCACAGAAUAACAGAAAUGAAACUGAUGAUAACUGUGGUGAAACUAUACAGGAUGGGGCAGCUUUCUCUGAGAGCUCCUCGCUGGCCAACACUCCCCUGGGCUCCGAAGCUGGAACACAACACGUGGAGUUCCCAAAGGAGCUAACGAGGAGCGGGGAAGACAGUGAAGAAAUAAAGUGGAACAAAAGAACUCUUUGGUUAUUCAAAACUUUACAGCACCUGAAGAGAUCAGGCGUCCCUGCCUUCAGUUUUCGGGAGCUUUGUCGAAAAAACAACCGGAAAGAAGCUGCGGCCACGUUCUACGUCUUUCUGGUGCUGAAGAAGCAGUCGGUCGUGGAGCUCAGGCAGAGCGCUCCCUUUGCUGACAUUACAGCCACCCUCUGCCCCGCUCCGGAGGUCGUGUAGCGUGUGGAGGAGCUGAUAGAAAUUAACGGUAUUCUACAUUUUUCAGAAAAACGACUGUCUUGUCAAGGCGUGGUAGCCGAGCAGAGCUCCCCCUCCUUUAUACCACGGCCCAGAACUGCCAAGGACCGGGCUUGUGCGGGCGUGCUGCCUCCAUACUCGUUACCACGGUGCUCGUUAGGAUGUUUGUUAUUAAUAUGUGUGUUUAUGUGAUGGGCAGUUACCUAUUCUGUUAAUAAAACAUGGCUAAAAUUCUACG